GUUCUCAUAUCAUUGCUCACUAUUUUCCUCCAUGAACACCACCAAAAGCCUUACUUUUCUGCACUAGAAAGCAACCUUCUCUUCCUCUUCUUCUUCUUCUUUCAUUCUAAAUUUGCUUCAAAACAGAGUUACUUUACAAUACGUAUUAGAGAGUGGUGCUAUACUGCUAUCCCAUAUUGGCCAUGGAUCCAAACCAAGUUCCCCCUCAUGGUCUAACCCAAGAACAAUACCUCGAGCUCGAGCCCAUCAUUCACAACUACCACCAGUUCGAACCCUCACCCAACACAUGCUCAGCCCUAAUAACACAACUUAUCGAUGCUCCAGCACAUGCUGUAUGGCCUUUCCUUCGAAGCUUCGAAAACCCUCAUAAAUACAAGCAUUUCAUCAAAAGUUGCAACAUGAAAGGUGAUGGUGGGGUUGGAAGCAUAAGAGAGGUCACGGUGGUUUCGGGGCUUCCAGCCUCGACAAGCACCGAGAGGCUUGAGAUUUUGGAUGAUGAAAAGCAUGUAUUAAGCUUUAGGGUUUUGGGGGGUGAGCACAGGCUCAACAACUAUAGGUCAGUCACUUCUGUGAACGAGUUUAACAAGGAAGACAAGGUGUACACCAUUGUGUUAGAGUCUUAUAUUGUAGAUAUACCAGCUGGGAAUACAGGCGAGGAUACGAAGAUGUUUGUGGACACUGUCAUAAAGUUGAACCUUCAGAAGCUUGCCUCAGUUGCCAUGGCUUCAUUGCAUGGACAUGAAUUCGAUGGUUGCAGUGGUGGUGGUGGUGAUGGCGGUGGUUUCGAUUCUGUUUAAAUUUUUAGUGGUCGGAGACCAACCUGCAGAAAUGGGAGAUUUGUGUAUGGAGUACCACUUGUUUAUAUUAUUAUUUUUUAUAUUAUUUUUAAAGUAUUGUUUUCUGUUUUUUGAGGAGCUAAAGUAUUGUUUUUUAAGUUGGAUCUUAAUGCCUUUUGUUUAAUGGUUAGAUAGUUGGGAUUGGUUUCUAUAUUUGGGUUUGUUGGGUGAAUUAUUUCAGUCGUAUUGUUAAAGGCUAUUAUUUAAGUUGUUUUCA